GUGAAGAGAAAAGAAGCCGUGAACGUCAAAAUCCACCAUUACCAAAGGCAGCACGCGUCCCACAUGGAUCAAUGAGGUAUCUCCCCUCUGAUAUCUUAUUAGAUAUCUUAUCUCGAGCACCAACUGAGACGAUUUUAGAUUGCAAAUUAGUAUGCAAGAGAUGGGAAAAUCUCCUCCAGUAUGGUGGAUCCAUAACUUCAAUGAUAUGCACGUUAAACGCCAGCUUCAACAUAUAUAUGCUGGUGAUAGUAUAUCUCAUGAUUGGGCUAAGGUGGACAUAGGUCUCCUUUUUGCAGCAAAUUAUCUUAGCGGUAAAGGAUCACUUUUCUAUGGAAGAGAGUACGGUGAUAAGAUUAACUUUGAUUUUUUCGGAAGUCCUUCUAUGUUGUUCGGUAGGGCGGGGGAUUACGGCUUAAUUGGUUCGUGCAAUGGUUUGAUUUUUUCAGGCAAAUACCAGUACCACAAAGAUCUUGACAUCAUCAUCAUAUGUAAUCCCAUCACAGGAGAAUAUGCAAAUAUUUCAGGAUUCAUCAAGUGCAACAAAGAUCUAUACAUUAGUCAGGUCGUUCGAGGAUUUGGAUAUGUUCGUACCACCAAUGAAUACAAAGUUGUUAGAAUAUACUAUAGAGAUGAAGAUGAAGAUGAAGAUUACAUGGGACGGGUUCAAGUGUAUACACUUGGUAGUGGGUGUGGAUGGAGAAACAAACAAACAUCUUGCCCACGGUUAAAUGAUAGAAUGGUGGGUACUUGUGCAAAUGGAGCGAUUCAUUGGAACAGCAAUGGGAGUAUCCAUGCAUUCGAUUUGGCCAAUGAGGAGUUCCGAACAGUCUCAUAACCUCCCUGUUACGCUAAUUACAUGCUUGCAUACUCCGGACUUGUAGUGUUAGGAGGGAAUUUAUGUUUUUAUCAUCAAGAGCUGUAUGCACGUAACAUGGAUAUAUGGUCCUUGAAGAAGACAGAUAAGAAUGAAAGUUGGAGUAGAGACUUCAGUAUAGUGUAUGAGAUUCCUGAAGGGCACCCUUACGCAGAUCAUCGUCUGUUAUGCCUUCGGCCAAUUUUACUAACAAAGAACAAUAAAGUUAUAUUUACUUCCGCUGAUGCGAGCAUCCACUGUUAUGACCCAGAAACAAGAAGUUGGCAAAUCAUUUUGGAUAAAGAUGGUUGUCAAGUUGUUAACAGUGUCAUGGCAAUUCCUCAUGUGAACACCUUUGUUUCUUUGGGAUCUGUGGGGGAGAAGUCCUACAAAAAAAGACGUGAAGAAAACAAAACGAUGUGAUCGACCAGCUAAAAGUAGUACUGAGGUCUGGAUAGGUUUGUAUGGUUAAAGGUGAAAUAUGUCAUAUGUACUUGGUUCAGAAUUUGUGUCUAGAGAUACUGAGAAUUGCAGCAGCCAUUUAUGUUAUUCUUGUGAGUUUUUUAAAUGUUUUUGAAACUUGAAAUUGAAAAUCUCUG